AAUUGUUCCGGAUUCACUUAUUCAUUCAUCAGUAUUCCCACGUAGACAGCCUAAUGUGUGUGGUAGGAGUAAAAGAGCACUAAUAUCUUAAGCAUAAAAGGAAAAGCACUGAAUACCUUUUCAGUGCGCAGCUGCUGAUACUUUCUGGCAACACAGUCUUAGUAGCGAGCGAGUUUUAAAAUCGCAGGACGUUGUUCUCAAGGUUUUAAGCAGUUCCAGAUUUUUUAUCAUAUCAGUUGAAAGAAUUUCUGAGAGCUAAAAUGGAAUCUGAUGCACUGGCAUGGGGAGACAAACUCGUACUGAGGGGAUUGUCAUUUCAUGGCUUCCAUGGAGCAAAGCCAGAAGAAAGGAAACUAGGCCAGAAGUUCGUGGUAGAUAUAGAUGCUUGGAUGGAUCUUGCAGCUGCUGGAAAAACUGAUCACUUAUCAGAUACAGUCAGUUACACAGAAAUAUAUGAUAUAGCCAAGGAAAUUCUGGAAGGGUCACCUCACAACCUUCUGGAAUCAGUGGCCCAAAAAAUUGCAAUAACUACUCUGACAAAUCAUAAAGAAAUUUUAGCUGUUCGAGUGAAGGUUGGAAAGCCUCAUGUGGCAGUUCGAGGUCCAGUUGAGUACUUAGGCGUUGAGAUUUAUAGACGGAGGAGCGAUUUGUCAGGCUAAACUUUCAUAUUUGUUUUGGUUUCAUUCUCAUAUUUACUGCUGCAGAGCUUUUAACACUACAUAUUUCCAAACAAUGCAAAGCACCUUAUUAAAUUUUAAUUAAUGGUAUGUGUGGGUCC